AUGAGGUGUGGAUGUUGCUGUUUUGGGCUAAGACCUAUCAGGCCAAUUCCAUCUCCUGUAGAAAAGCACCCUAUUUCUCUAAAACACUUAGAGCUAAGAUCGACAGUCAGAAAUUCCUUAUGCAAAAUGGAGCUAUUCCAAGUCUAUAAAAACAUUGAAACUCAGCCUAUUGAGUGCGAGUAUGUCUUCCCUGUGGAAAAUGAUGCAGUGAUCACAGCAAUGAGGAUUCACCUUCCAGAUGGAACAAUUUUAGAAGCUUCAAUAGAAGAAGAAACAAAGGCUCAAGAAAUGUAUCAAGAUGCUAUUUCAGAAGGAAACACUGCAGUUAUGACUAAAUCUGAUACUCCCGAUAAGAUGGUCGUUAACGUAGGAAAUAUCGCUCCAGGAGCAGAAAUCAGAAUCGAAUUUAAAUUCACAACCCCAAUAUCAACAGAGCUUGAUUUCUGGAAACUUUAUAUCCCGACAACCCUAACCCCAAAAGCCCAGCUUCAACCAAAUUCUAUUCCACUAGAAGAAAUUAAGCAAGAAACUCAGUUUACAGUAGUUAAUGCCAGAAACUGCACUUAUAGGAUUGGUAUGAGUAUUGAUAUUCAUUCAGACACUCCCAUAUCAGAUUUUUCAUGUAAAACCUAUCCAUUUGAAUGGACUUUAUCUGAGAACUGUUUACAUUUAAGCGGAAGAUUUAGAGAAGGAAAUGAUUUUAUACCUGAUGCUGGCAUUAAAAUAUUGUAUAAAACUGCGAAUUCCAAUUUUCCAUUAUGUGCUGUACAAGAAAGGAAAGGAGAAUAUGCAGCUAUGCUUACUCCCCCCCCUCCGUGAGUGAACAAAACCAUUAGAAAAAUCCCUAUUUUUUGACCAAAAAAUCCACCCUCAUGAGUCAACAAAAAUUUUUUUAAAUAUUUUUUAUGGAAAAAAAAUUUGAUAUAUAAGUGAUAAUUAAUAUCAUGAAAUCUUGAGCUAAUUCUGUUUAAUUUAAACAAAUUGCAUUUUAAAACAAAAAUUUGCAAAUUAAAUUAAUCUUUGCUUUCCAAUUUUUGCGAAAUUGGGAUUUUUUUUUAAAUUUUAAAAAAAAAAUUAACCCUAUCCGUGAGCGAACAAAAUUUUUUUGUUCGCUCACGGAGUGGGGGGGAGUUAGCUUUUUGCCUAUGUAUAAACAAGAGAACGAAGAAAUUGAAGAUUUGCAAGGACAAAGGGGAGAGUUUUUGUUUGUUAUUGAUAGAAGUGGGUCCAUGGCAGGAGAAAGGAUAAAUUUAGCAAAGAAAGCUGCAGUUUUGUUUUUAAAGAGUCUUCCACCUGGCUCAGUUUUCAAUAUAGUAAGUUUUGGUGGCAGAUUUGAUUGGCUAGAUCAAGGUCCUAUUGAUUAUAAUUCAAACAAUGUAGAAAAAGCAAUUCGCUCACUCCCCCCCCCUCCGUGAGCGAACAAAAAAAUUUUGUUCGCUCACGGAGGGGGGUUAAUUUUUUUUUUUAAAAAAAAUUUAUAUAUAAAUUUUAUAAAAAAUAUUUUUUUCGAAAAUUUAAAAAAAUCCUAAUUUGCAAAAAUUGGGAAGCAAAUAUUAAUUGAAUUUGCAAAAUUUAUGUUUUAAAACGCAAUUUGUUUAAAAUUAAACAGAAUUAGCUCUAGAUUUCAUUAUACUAAUUAUCACUUAUAUAUCAAAAUUUUUUUCCAUUAAAUUUUUUCUAUUAAAAAAAAUUUUUGUUCACUCACGGAGGGUGGGUUUUUGGUCAAAAAAUGGCGAUUUUUCUAAUGGUUUUGUUCGCUCACGGAGGGGGGGGGGGGGGAGUCAGUAGAAAAAUUUGAAGCAGAUAUGGGAGGUACAAAUAUUUAUGACCCACUAAACAGUAUAUCUUUGCAUUUGUUCGAUAUAUAUUUAUAUAUAAUAAAAGCCAUAUAGCAAAUCAAUGCAAUUUGUAUAUAUACAGUACUCCGCCCAACAAAGCGCUUCCAAGAUCUAUAUUUUUAUUGACUGAUGGAGCUGUAAGUAAUCCAGAAGCAGUUGUAAACUUAAUAAGACAGAAUUCUAAGAGUGCAACAGUUCAUUCGGUUGGAAUAGGAAACGAAGUUUCAACAUUUUUGAUUAAAGAAUCUGCUAAAGCUGGUGGUGGAGUCCCCUCAUUUGUGUCAGGGCUAGAAGAGUUAUCUAAAAAAGUGAUCAAUGCUUUGGAAAAAUGCUUAAUGCCAGCACUAACUCUCCUCUUCUUGAAUAAGCUUUUUUUGAUGGGCGAGUAUUAAAUUUUGUCUUAAAAUUAUAUAAUUUGAAAGAAAAUUUAAUAUUAUUUUUAAUGAAGUUUACUAAAAUUUAAUAAAAUAAAAAGAGAUAUAAUUAUAAAAUUAUUAUAGCCCGUUCCCGGUUAUAGAUCGGGCUAUGCCCAAUCUUUGCUGGGACACUCGAGGAGUUGUCUGCGUCAAUUUUGGGUGACGAGUCAACUCCCCAGUUGGCAAAUAGUCACCAUUUAGUGAUUUACCAACUCGGGGAGUUGACUCGUCAGCUCGAAGUGACGCAGACAACCCCCCGAGUUUCCUGGCAAAGAUCGGGCAUAGCCCUAUCUAUAUCCGAGAACAGGCUACACUUAUAUAAAUUUUUUUCUUAGCCAUAUUAAUAGCAAAAAAAAGUAAAAUAUUUCCAAUAGUUUGGCUAUCACAUAGGGCAAGUAAGCGACUGAAAAUUAAACUGGGAUGCUUUUCCAGCACUUAUCUUAACUUAUUAAGACUUAUCGAGAAGCUCGCUGCAAUUCAAAAGGACUAUCUCCGCUCGUAACGCUUUCUUCGCCUGCUUGUCAGUUCGUGCACGACAUUAAAAAGAUGCUCCUGCAGGACGAGGACGUGCACUCGCAUCCUGGCAGUUAUGAAUCGAGUCGUCAUGCCGUACGUCAGUCAACAGGGUUGCCCAGCAUUGAAAAUUCAAAAUGAUUGAAUUUUCUGGUUGGUUCUCGGCCAAGAUGGUAAUCGGUAGCACAGCGUGUAACUUAUGGCUUCACGCUCAGUAAUAGUCUCGAUUGGUCAAGACGAAUGCCAUGACUCCGCUGGGAAACCAUUCUUCCAGAACUAUCUCCUGUUGAGGCGAAAAUUGGUAUUUGAGUAACGUUCGGUCGGCCAACCCAACAUUGCGCUUCACCAAUCCAAGAAAAAUCAGGUAGGAUACACAUUCCCGGACGCCAUCUUCCCUUCCUCAAGGUCCCUGCACACCCUGUGGGAUGCCAGCGACAGGAAUAAGAAGGCUAGUUAUCUCGCCAUGCUAUUUUAAUAUAUAUGCUUUUCCAGCACCAAGUCCGGAAAAUCUUAACUCCCCCCCUCCGUGAGUGAACAAAAAAAUUUUGUUCACUCACGGAGGGGUUAAUUUUUUUUUUAAAAAUUUAAAUAUAAAUUUUUUAGAAAUUUUAAAAAAAUCUCCCUUCUAUAAAAAUGGAAAGUAAAUAUUAACUUAAUUUCAAAAUUUAUGUUUUAAAAAAUGCAAUUUGUUUAAAAAUUAAAAAGAAUUAGCUUGUGAUUUCAUUAUACUAAUUAUCACUUAUAUAUCAAAAUUUUUUUCCAUAAAAAAUUUUUGUUCACUCAUUGAGGGUGGGUUUUUGGGCAAAUAAUAGCGAUUUUUCCAAUGGUUUUGUUUACUCACGGAUGGGGGGAGUAAGAGAGUUUACUACGGUGAUAGAUUUAUUUUAUACGCCCAUUUAGGGCCUACUAUCCCUAGCUCAAUGCCUAAGCUUCAAUGCUACGACAGCAGGUCUAAUACUGAAAGAGAAUUUAUCAUUCAGGCAGGAAUUUCUCAUUUCACAGCAGGAGAUGAAAUCUUCAAACUGUGGGCUAAAAAUAGAAUAUCAGAAAUAGAAACUGGCAACCUACCACAAGAAGUAAAAAAUUCCCAAAUAGUCCAACUCUCAAAAGAAUAUGGAAUUCCUUCAAGCUUAACUUCUUAUAUUUGCAUUCAAAAAAAUUCUGAAGCAGUUGUUGGAGAGAUACAAUUAAGAAAAAUUCCUGUCGCGAAAGUCAGAGAUAUGUCUCAGGCAUCUGUACCUAUGGCAAGUAUGAAUAGAUCAUUGAAAAUGUGUGCAAAAAUGGCAAUGCCAAGAUCGGCAGCUCCUACAGUUUUGUGGAGGGCACCAGAUGUAACGUAUAAAGAUACUUUUGCCUUUAGAUAUACGGAUAGUCGCUGCGACGAGCAAGAAAGAAGUGUUCCAAAAAAGAAAAAAGCUAAAAAAGCAGAAAAAGAAGAAGAAAAGCAGAUAGCAGCAGAAGCGGAUACCAGCGAAUCUGAAAUUUAUCUCUCUAUAAUAAAACAGCAAUCAGCUGAAGGAUUUUGGAGUUUUAGACAAUUAAGCUCUGCAUUGAACAUAGGUAAAGAAAUUCCUGCAGAAUUUGCCAACCUAAAUCAAGCUGAUGAUAUUUGGGGGACUCUUGUAGCUUUAGCUUAUUUAAGAAAGAAUUAUGGAAGCAAUAAAGAUGAGUGGAAGCUUGUUGAGAGAAAGUCUAUUAAGUGGCUUAAAUCAUCAGCAAUUCCAAUAGAAGAGUCAAUUCAAAAGGCAAUCGAAUUUCUUAAUUAA